AUGGCACCCUCAGUCCCUGUCGUCGUUCUUGCAUCGGGCUCUCCAGUUCAGAACUCAACUGGCCUGAAUGCUGAGGACGACGUCUUCGGUGCUACGUCUCCCGUUGCUACUGCCACCAACGUUGCUCCCGCCGUUAUCAACGCCAACGACGUUACUCCCGCUGCCACCACCUCCAACGACAGUGCUCCAAAUCCGGCCGCCCACAGAAUCCUGAACAACCUCCGUGCUCCUGCAGGCUCCCAUAGCUUCGCUCCUCGACCUGACCGAGUCAACCAAAUCCCUACGGCAGCUAAUGCACAAGGAAUUUUUCCACCCGACGCUCUGAUUUUCGUCGCCAAUCUUUCCGUGCGCCGGACCGAAGAGGAAUUGGAAAUCACCGUCCAUCUUGCCUUCGACACCUACGGACCAAACCACGUCAAGAUUCGCCGAGACAGAAACAAGCAUCCUUUUGCCUUUGUGCAAUAUGAGACUGUUGAGGCAGCCAACGCCGCUGUGUCGGGUGCAUACGGCAUGGUACUCGAUGGUCGCAGAAUCCGCAUCGAACGGGCAAAAGCAGAGCGAGCGGUCAUCCUCAGCAAAUUUGAUGGAUCAACCGUCACUGAAGCCGAAGCACGCAGCAUUCUGGAAAGAUUUGGGCCCCUAGAGAUCGUCGCUCCUACCACAACCCCCACUCGCAAUGGUACAGGCACAUCCACGGCCAUCUACGUGCGCUUCGCAUACUACCUGGACUGUCGCGAUGCUCUGAGACUCUUCGACAACCAUAGAAAUACCUACCGACUCUUCAUUGCGCCCGGCCUGGAACCUCGCUUCCGCGUGGGCCCCGACGGCAGAUCAGUCGUCCGUGGCUUCCAGCAGCCACGUUCGGCCAUUGAUCAGAAGUCAAUCUACGUGGGAAACCUGCCCGAAGGAACUAACAAGGCCGAGUUGGAGCAGUAUUUCAGUGCAUUUGGCCAUGUCUUGAAUGUGAACGUCAUGCGCAAGAUCUAUGAUAGCACUGUUGUGAACAACUUUGCCUUUGUCGAAUUCGCCCACCAACAUGAAGCCAUCCAUGCUGCCGCUGGCGAACGUCAUUUCCAUGGCGUCAAGCUUCGCGUUGAGGCCAAAGAAUACUCAGCCCGUCAUCAAGCCCGUGUGUUGCCGCUUGGCGUCCGCGCCAGCAACGGUACCGCCAUCGAAAAUGAUGGCAUGGCGAACGUCAUGGGCAACUACAACGCCCGCUACGAUGGCGGUAACGUUCGUCAUCGCCAUAACCAUGGUCACCCUGCUGUUGGCGGCUACGACCGCCAGCAUCACAUCACCCCGCCCGCCACCGUGCCUCACAACAACCAUAUCUACGCAACGCCAAUGCAGCAAGCCGUCAGACCUGGCUUCGGAAUCGUGACUCCUCCAUCCCAACACGGUAUGCAGAUGCCGUUGAAUCAGAUGCUCCCAACUGGAAUGUUCUCUCCCACACCAUCCCACCUCGCUGACGCCCACUACGCCUACCAUGGCCUUCCCUUUGGCGCUGCUCCUGCUGGCCCAGCCAUCUACCUCCCUCAGUCUGUCCCUACCAUCCAGGAAACUGGCGAAGAGACACAAUACUAG